CGGGUGGCCGGGCCCAGCCGGGGCCGCGGGAGGCGGGGGCGCCCAGGCCCUGGAUGUCCGGCAGCGCGGCGGCCAGCGGCGGACCCAGGAGGCCUGAGCAGCAUCUGUCCCCAGCCCCUGGUGGGGCCCUGGGGCCCCCCGAAAUCUCCAGGACGGAGCCAGACGGGGCGGGCACCAUGAACAAGUUACGGCAGAGCCUGCGGCGGAGGAAGCCGGCUUACGUGCCCGAGGCAUCGCGGCCCCACCAGUGGCAGGCGGACGAGGACGCGGUGCGCAAGGGCACCUGCAGCUUCCCGGUCAGGUACCUGGGCCACGUGGAGGUCGAGGAGUCCCGAGGCAUGCACGUGUGUGAGGACGCCGUGAAGAAGCUCAAGGCGAUGGGCCGGAAGUCGGUGAAGUCUGUCCUGUGGGUGUCGGCGGAUGGGCUCCGAGUGGUAGACGACAAGACCAAGGACCUGCUGGUGGACCAGACCAUCGAGAAAGUCUCCUUCUGCGCCCCUGACCGCAACCUGGACAAGGCGUUCUCCUACAUCUGUCGCGACGGCACCACGCGCCGCUGGAUCUGCCACUGCUUCCUGGCGCUCAAGGACUCGGGCGAGAGGCUGAGCCACGCCGUGGGCUGCGCGUUCGCCGCCUGUCUGGAGCGGAAACAGCGCCGGGAGAAGGAGUGCGGGGUCACGGCCGCCUUCGACGCCAGCCGCACCAGCUUCGCCCGGGAGGGCUCCUUCCGCCUGUCCGGGGGCGGGCGCGCGGCCGAGCGCGAGGCCCCCGACAAGAAGAAAGCAGAGGCAGCAGCUGCCCCCACAGCGGCUCCCGGCCCUGCCCAGCCUGGGCACGUGUCCCCAACGCCAGCCACCACAUCCCCUGGGGAGAAGGGUGAGGCGGGCACCCCCGUGGCUGCAGGCACCACUGCGGCCGCCAUCCCCCGGCGCCACGCCCCGCUGGAGCAGCUGGUCCGCCAAGGCUCCUUCCGUGGGUUCCCAGCACUCAGCCAGAAGAACUCACCUUUCAAACGGCAGCUGAGCCUGCGGCUGAAUGAGCUGCCGUCCACUCUGCAGCGCCGCACUGACUUCCAGGUGAAGGGCACAGUGCCUGAGAUGGAGCCUCCGGGGGCCAGCGACAGCGACAGCAUCAACGCGCUGUGUACCCAGAUCAGCUCGUCUUUCGCCAGCGCGGGCGCACCAGCCCCAGCGCAGCCAUCCACCGUGGCAGGCGCCUCUGCCUGGGGUGAGCCCUCCAUGCCCCCUGCAGCCACCUUCCAGCCCGGGCACAAGCGGACACCUUCAGAGGCCGAGCGGUGGCUGGAGGAAGUGUCCCAGGUGGCCAAGGCCCAGCAGCAGCAGCAGCAGCAGCAGGCGGCCGCAGCCCCCCUGCCCACCAUGCCCCCCGCCCUGCAGCCUUUCCCCGCCCCCGUGGGGCCCUUCGAUGCGGCGCCGGCUCAGGUGGCCGUGUUCCUGCCGCCCCCGCACAUGCAGCCUCCCUUUGCGCCUGCCUACCCGGGCUUGGGCUACCCGCCCAUGCCCCGGGUGCCGGUGGUGGGCAUCACGCCCUCGCAGAUGGUAGCCAACGCCUUCUGCUCAGCCGCCCAGCUGCAGCCCCAGCCCGCCACCCUGCUCGGGAAAGCCGGCGCCUUCCCGCCCCCGGCCGCACCCAGCGUCCCCGGGGGCCAGGCCCGCCCCCGCCCCAGCGGGACCCCCUGGCCCCCAGAGCCAGCGCCCGCCCCAGCGCCCGCCUUGGACCCCUUCGAGGCCCAGUGGGCAGCGUUAGAAGGUAAACCCGCUGCAGAGAAGCCGUCCAACCCCUUCUCCGGGGACCUGCAGAAGACCUUCGAGAUCGAACUGUAGCCCGCCCCGCCCCGCGCCUCUCCCCAGCCCCAAGCCCCCACCCCCGCAAGCCCCGCGACCACCCCUGCACCCACUACGGCACCAACGCCGCCACGGGGCCGCGCGACCCCUCCUCCGCCCCAGCUACAGCCCCCGUUUCUGUGUCGACCUCUCACUUUCUAGCGCUGGGCUGGACGGCGGAGGGACGCCCACCGCGGCGCCCCCAGGUCUGGUCGCCUCCUCCCCCCACAGCACAAGCCAAGGGCGUCCCUCUGCCCGCAGCCGCGUUCACUGCCAGUGCUGUGCCCGGCCCCGCCCGGGCCCGGGGCUCAUGGGGGGCCCAGGAGGCGGGGAGAGGUAGGGGAGGAAGAUGCUGUUACCUCACGUGGGUGCCCGCUGGGAAGGGGUCCGGGAGGCUGGGGAAGGGGUGCCUGGCGGGUACUUUUCUAUCUUUUAUUUCCAGAUUUUUUUUGUAUCUAAACUUGCAGAUUUGUAUUAUAUAAGGACAGCCAAUAAAGGAAGACUAUAACGGUGCCCUUGGGGAGACGGGGUGUGUGUGUGUGUGUGUGUGUGUAGGGGGCACGGGGUGGCCGCAGCGCGCCUGGACCUCUGAGUGCAGCCGGGGCCGCAGGUGCAACGGGCUCGGCGCCUGGCAGGUGGGUGAUGCGGCCAGACCAGGAUGAAUCACCUGAUUCCGUGACUCAGGGAGCCAGAGCGGAGGUGCGAAAAAGACGAACUAUAAACUGCCGAUCGGUUCCCUGUCAACACUCUAAUCAGACGGCGCGGACCUGCCUUGGGAGGGAGCUGCCAAGGUCUCGCCUCGCCAGCUGCGGGUCUGGUAACCCAGGCGGCCCCCGGAUGGGGCGGCACGUGGAUCUGAAGUCCGUUGUUUCCUGGGUUCCUUGACAGAAUCUAUAAAACACAUUUUAAA